AUGAUUUGCCUAGUAUUGAUACUGUUCAGAGUAUCGGAUGGUUUGAAUUUGGGGGAGAUUCCUUGUAAUUAGUUUAACAAUGAAGGAAUGUGUAGAUAGAGUGGGUAUUGUUAAUGGUCUGGUUAAUGUUAUCGAUAAUAUUGUCAUUUGAUAGAUGAGGUUGCAGCCUGUAGGAAUGCUGGAGCUUUGACACUUUACUGUGUAGCGCUUCCUUACAUUCCACUUCAAUUAGCUUAAACUUGUUAUGAAAUUACCUCAUCAGGUUUAAAGGCGUAUUAUUCGCGAUAUGUUUCAGAUUUGACAAUUGAUGUGAUACAAGAAACAAGUAUUUUGCUAAGUGAUCUAAUUAAUGGAGAGAGGAGCAUAACUAAUAUGUUAAGAUUGUAUAAUCUUGAUGUGUUGUCAAGAUAGAAUGAAGAGUUAAAUUAGAUUUUGGAUUUGUACAUUUCAUUUGCGGAAAUAUUGAUAACCUAAUAUUCGCAUCCAUAUUAUUUAGAGAGAAUAAUAUAUGAGUCAAUUCAAAAUAUCAGAGAUGAUACUCGUUUAGCUGUUUCACAGAAGAAGAGCACCAUGAAUAAGAUUGUGGAAAUGCUUGACAUUUACUAUUUAAGAUUGAAGACAUUUUCAGAGUAUUAUUAUACACAGUAUAAUUUUAUUAAUUUCAACCAAGUUCAUUUGAAAUACUUAUCAUUAUAAUAUUCUGGAUUGGCUACUAUAACAUGGACAGAGUAUGAAACAAAUGGGAUGUUGUAAGUGACAGUGCUGUAUGCAGAAGUCUUUGGUAAGUAAUCUCCCUUGACUCCCAUUUAUAUCAUCAGAACCAGCAACAAUAUAAAUUUGCAAUAUAAAUUAAGAUGCUAUUUCAAUACCUAUUACCCAUUGGCACUGAAAUAAAUCAAUUUGGUGACUAUGAAAAUGUACGAAACCUUUGUGCAACCGUAAUGUGUUAGUGGAUACUGUGAGGUCAAUUUGUAAGGAGCAGGCAAUUACUUAUUUAUAAAUAUAAACCAAAGUGACUAAUGUAAUGCAAUAACAAGUAUGACUACUUGCAUGUUAGCUAACUGUGUGGUAGAUCUGCAGAACAAUACAUGUAAUUGA